AUGUCUUCAAACAUUUGUAGUCCAGCAUCUACUGUCGACAAGUCAUUCAUCAAAGAUACGAUUAUAUCUGAAACGCCACAGACACUUUUGAUUGAUGUUCGUGAACCAAGCGAAACCAGCGCUGGUAUGAUUCCCACUGCCCACAAUAUUCCGGUUGGGUCCCUCCAAUCAGCACUUGCUUUAAAUUCUGAAGAGUUCCGCAAGCAAUACCAUUUUGACAAGCCAGAUUGCAACAAGAACAUAACAGUCUACUGUCGUUCUGGAGUUCGUAGUGCAAAAGCUGCUCAAUGUUUUAUGGAAAAUGGGUAUACUAGGUAA